AUGAGGAGGACUGCGCCUCUGCGCCCGCCUGUAGCCGAGCCGAGCCGAGAGAGCACGGCAGCUGGUGGUGGUGCUGCUGCUACUGCUGCCGCUGGGAUGGGAGCCCCCCACAACCGCCCGCCCGGUCCACCACCGCGCCAGUCUGCCCGCCUCGCUGCCGUGCCAGCUCGGUUCGCGCGCUACAGUGUAAAGCUGACGCCACUCGGCUCCGCUGCUGAGCGCCCCACCCCCACGGCCCACGCAUUGCGCUGCGAACCCCACCCCCACAACCACCUUCAGAUCUCACGUCUCGCUCGCAUAUCUCACUCUACUGAUAACCAUCAUCCUCUUCGUCGGGCGAGAAGGGACGGCCUCCAUCCAUCCAUGGAGCUCUUUGCAGCAGCCGAGGAGAAGCCGUGCAGCAAGCUGUUCAGGAAGAGGAGCGGCGGUGGCGGCGCGAAGGCGGGCAUGGGCGCCAUGCGCGGCGACGGCAGCGGCAGCGGCAAGGGCCGAUCCUUCUCCGGGCGGUGCGCGCGGCUCGUCAAGGAGCAGCGCGCGCGGUUCUACAUCAUGCGCCGGUGCGUCACGAUGCUGGUGUGCUGGCGCGAGUACGCCUGA